CCUCCACACCCACUCACUCAGCUCGAUCAGCAGUCGGAUUCGUCUUUGCUUUUUCUUCCAAUUCAGAUCACACCGACCAUCCUCAACAUUCCACCUCAGACAGGUCCUUCCUCACGCUACCAAAACGCUCAUGGCCACGAGAAAGCUCCUUCAAAGCAGCUCUGCAUUCGAUUCGCUAUUGUCUAGCAAAGUCCUCUCUCACAUCAAGGCAAGGCGAGAGCCGAUCGACAUGCCGCCCGACAGACAGGGCGGUGGCAGUGGCAGCCGGAUUGCGUCCCUCGACGAUCGACCUCUCUCGGGCAUCUUUGGCAUCAACAAACCGUCAGGUCCGCUGUCAAUGGUGUUGCUGGACGACAUCAAGGAGCUCUUCGCUUACAGUUCGUUAUUCAAGAACCCGGAUGGAAGUUUGCCCGCUGAGAACGGAGGCAGAGGCUGGAGGGGGGGCAAGAGGAAGACGGGAUUGAGCAAGGCGGAGAGGAAAAAGAAUGCUCCACCAAAGAUUGGACAGGGUGGGACGCUGGAUCCUCUCGCUGACGGCGUGCUCGUUGUCGGUGUCGGAAGAGGGACAAAGCAGCUGCAGCGCUUUUUGGAUUGCACCAAAGAGUACCGUUCCACCGGCUUGCUGGGAACAGCAACGACCUCGUACGACUGCAAGGAUCCUAUCCUUCUUCGCGCGCCUUUUCAGCAUGUUUCUCGAGAGACCAUCUUGGAAGCCCUACCUCGUUUUCGAGGGGACCUGAAGCAACUACCACCCUUGUUCAGCGCCAUCAAGAUGGACGGCAAGAGGUUGUUCGACUAUGCCAGAGAGGGAUCGGAGCUACCCAGACCCAUCGAGCCAAGGAGUGUCCGCGUAGAACAACUGGAGCUGGUCGAGUGGCAUCCCGCAGGGAGUCACGCGUGGGUGGAACCUGUCGAGGAGUGCGGAGAGGAGGAGAAAAAGCUGGUUGGAAGGGUGCGCAGGCUGGCAGGUCUAGAUCCGAGUGCGCCAGGUACGGACGACGCUGCCUUGAGCGGCCAGAACGGAGCGUCGAGCUCGUUGAUCGUAGAGAAAGAAGACGAGACAGGCCCAACGCCAGAAAAGGCGAGUUCCGGUCCGCCGGCAUUUACAAUCGACAUGACGGUGACGAGCGGGACGUAUGUGCGAAGCAUAGUCCACGAUCUGGCUCAAUCGGUAGGCAGCGCUGCGCACGUGGUCAGACUGACGCGCAACAGGCAGGGAGAGUUCAGCAUUGGCACGUUGGGAUCAAAAGCGGACGUCACGGCAGGAGUGACACGCGACGCUUUCUCGGAUAGCUUGCGGGAUGACAACCGUGCGGAGAGGCAACACGCAGGGACUGGUGCGGACAGGGCGGGCGAGGUGAAGAACGGAGACAUUGCCGAGCAGGACAAAGCAGCAAAGACGAGCAAGGACGUCGCAUUGCCGGGCAAUUGUAUCGAGUGGCACGUUUUUGAAAAGGCCUUGAAAGAGUUCGAAGAGGACACAGUGGAGCGCGACGAGCAAGGCUUGGCUGAAUGGGAACGAAUCUUGCUAAGCAGAAUUCAGCCCUGUUGAGCGGUUCAUCGUCACCAAUACAUGCGCACCUCAAACCAUACCGUGGCCCAUAGAGCAGGACCUGUUGGCGUGCGACUCAGCAUCUUGCAUUACAUAGUCAUCAUCUUGUCUCUAAUCCUGCUGAUCGUUUUGCCUAGCUGCCAUAGCGGGGACCACGCGAAAAGGC